AUGCGCUCGCCUCGCCAGCUCAGGCCCGCGGCCGCAGACUACAUGUCUGCCGCGAAUUUGGUCCGCGGCGGGUUCCAGCCGCGCCUUCCGACUUCGCUGCCGCCCCCAGGGCAGCAGCAGCAGCAGCAGCCGUCGCCGCUACCACGCCGACAGCCCGUCCCGUUGAUGCCUCCCGCGCAGCUUCAUACGGGAGCGCCCCGGGUGGUCGCUCCGGCGCCUGCGGUCCCUCUUCAGUCGCCGCCGCCUUCGGAGCUGAUGGACGUCGACCCCUCAGCCGGGCCGCCUUCCCAAGCGGUGGCUGUGCAGCCUGUACUGCAGCCGCUUUCCUUGGGCACCCCCAAGGAGUCUGACACCGCAGCGCCUUGUCCGGCGCCCACUCAGCAGCCGUCGACGCAGCGUCAGGAGACGCUGCCUCUCUUCGUGGGUCCCAACGCCCCGUCGCGUCCAGUACCAGAAGCUGCGCCCGUGGUCACAGGCGUGCACCCUGACCUCGGUUUUCAGUGUCCUGAACAUCUAAGCAGUCUGGUGUAUGAAGAAUGUUAG